AUGGCUGAGAAGCAAAAACAAAAGAGAUUUUCAAUACUGGAGGCCUUGGAAGAAAUCCAGAACAGGAGUGAUGUCGAAGUGACCGACUCAUCAGAUAGCAGCAACGCUGACUAUGAUGAAGAGGAGGACAGCUAUUUUCUGCUGCGCUGGGAUCCAGUCUAUGACCAAGAGGAUGACCAACUGGAUGAGAUCCCAGGUCCAUCUGGCACCAGCAGCACUGCAGCCCCCCAGCCCUCCAGCCCUCCAGCCGAAGUGACGUCUCUUUCUAGCGAGGAUGAUGAAGAUGAGGAGUUUCCCCCGUUCCUGCCCCCGCCACAGCCCCCGUUCCUGCCCCUGCCACAGCCCCCUCCCAGUCAAAGAAGGGUCAGCAGAGACGACGUGGUCCUUCCAGUAAGCGGCCAAAGCAGCCUACCUCAGGACAUGGUGAAGAUAACCAAGAGCGGUGGUGUAAUCCAGAAGAGCCAGAUGUGGAGCCACCACUGCCGAGGUUUGAACCAAAGCAUCCAUCAGGCCCCAGAAUUGACAGUACAGCAGCAUGGUCACCAUUGA